GGAAUAUUAUAAUCUUUUAAUUUCAAAUUUCUUUGAUACCAGAUUCUCACUAUUUGCAAGAAUACGUGUAUCAAAAUGAAGCCAGCCUUAUUCACUCUUACUGCUAUUCUGCCUUUCAUAAUCCAGGCUGCCCCAGCUGAGGAGCCAGGCUUGGAAUUGAAUAACAAGGAGACAGAAUUCGAUAAGAGGGAAGUGAGUGGAUGCAAACUUCGCACUGAUAAGAAUUUCUGGGACUCUCCCUAUCCCUGCGAACCCAGGGCUGGAUCAUUUUCAAGACUUUCACCAAUUAAUGUUGUUUGUAAAGGGCAAAUUGGUGACACGAAUUGGUAUAAGACCAAAAAGGGUUACUGGUUGCGAAACAGUGGAAGGACAGCCCCCCCUCUUUGUUUUAAAAAUGGACGGCCUUUAGAUCGUUUUCCUUUACCACGGUGUGUUAUCUAACUUUUACACUAUUUCUGCAAAAUGAUCUUGCUCAUGUUUUUCUAAAUGAUUUAAUAAAUGCAAUAAGUAUGGCUUUAUGCAUGGUUUUAUAGCAGUUUCUCUUCCCCUUGGUAUGGGUUUUCCCCUAGGGACUACUAGGUUUUCCUAUACUGUGAUGCAAAUGCAAAGG